CUAGAUCUCACUAUCUCUGGCUGACAGCAGCCGCCACUUCAAGGGUGGCUAUAUAAUCAGGGCUAAUCCCGUAAAUGAGGACUACCGCUCUAACUCCAGGAAGAAAACAAAUUUAAUUCAAAUCACUUGCCGGGGGAUCAGUCAUUUAUGAACAACAUUUCUUCCUAGCGGGUUUUGAUCCCGGCCUCAUACAAUCAAGACUCAUUAAUUCAAGCGAGGCCUCCCAGUGCUGAGUGUUUGUUGACUUGUAGAAUUUAUUGGAGUCACAACUUGUUCCGGGUCCGUCCCUCUAUGUACUAGUGCAUGAGAAACACGGUUCAAUUAACUUUACGCAACAAUCAUCCUAGCAUUCGGCUUUGUGGCAUUUGAGGGGGUACUCUCAGCUUCCGUGUAAAAUCAUCUCAGCUUCUGCAGCUCUGAAACGCAAUUCAAAAGCAGCAGUCCUCACCUCGAACAGUCCGCAGGGAUUAAGGUAAACUUGAAUUUUCCAAGCAAGCUGAUUCUUGUGCUUUAUACACUUCUCAAGCACGCAUAGCGUCUCUCUUCUUCAAUUCUCAUCCAACCGGGGCCUUUUUUUUUCAGAACCGCUCUCCUAAGCAUCACCUGAGCCGCGACACGUCUACCUAUUUCUUAUUUCUUAUUCUUAUUAUCAUAGAAUGAUCUGUCAAAAAUCUCAACCCGUCGCUUCCCACCCUUCCAUGGCGCCCUUCAUUCGUAACACCUUUUCCAUCCCUGCAGGGGUGGAGGGAAAUGAGAGAAUAGUGAUGUGGAGUUAUAUCCCAAAAGCUAUAGCUUACUCCGAUGGAGCCUCGCCUGUGAUAAUCAUGGCAAAUGGUCUGGCUCUCCCGAGGUCCGCCGGACUACCGCACAUCGCGGCACGGUUUGCAGCUGCUGGUUACACGGUUCUGGUGUUUGACUUUCGACAUCUUGGCGAUUCAACUGGCCAACCAAGGCAGCUAGUCUCCCCUGUAACUCAGCUGGAAGACUAUAUAACUGUUAUACGUUUCGUCACCGAUCCAGACACCCAUGCGCAAUUUCUAUCUCCGAAGAUACCUUCUAGUAAAGUUGUUCUGUGGGGUUGGAGUAACUCUGGAGGACAUGUUGCGAAGCUCGCAACCCAAGCGGACAAACUACCGAUUUCCGCUGUAAUUGCCCUCGACCCCUUGUGCGACGGUCGAACAAACUUUCUACAUCACAUGUGGCACAACCCUCUGGGCCUAGCGCGCAUAGGACACUGGGUGCUUGGAGAUUUCUUAUUGUCAAUCUUCCCGGUUCUCAAUAAACAGACGAGUUUUCGAGUGCCAGCGUUUGGUCGGGGUGGUAUUCUGAACUCAACAGAGGCGGAGGAUGGAUUCCGGAUGUUAAGCUCGGACUCAAGAGAAAACGAGGGCGCUCUGCCUGAACUGGGGAAUUGUGGAUUCGGGAAAGGUCCUAGGAUGGUCAAUGAAAUCGCGGCGCGGUAUGGAUUCGAGGUGCUUUCUCAGCGUUGCAAUGGCGCCGAAGUCAAAUGCCCAAUCUUAGUAUCCUGGGCGAAAAAUGACGCCGAUGGUCUGAUCCCCAGCAAAGUCCCCCGGCGCUUUGCUGAGGAUUGUCUUAAAGCCGAGAACUCCCAAGUUUCAAUCGACGUUUACGAGCAUAACGGUGAUCAUUUUGGUCUACAUUUUGGAGGGUCAGGAUUUGAGGCUGGGAUCGAAAAACAGUUGCAAUUCUUGCACAGUGUGUUCGGGUCAUCACACUCGGAAACCAAAGAAUUGAAGUAA